AUGUUCUGGGGAUGUAUAUCAUCUAAAGGUGUUGGAAGACUUGUUGAAAUUAAAUCAACGAUGACAGCUGGAGCUUAUAAACAAAUUUUAGCUCAAAAUUUAAAUAUUUCAGCUAGAGAAAUGGGUCUUGAUGAAUAUAUUUUCAUGUAUGAUAAUGACCCAAAACACACCUCUAGACUUGUAACUGAUUGGAUUGAUAUGAUCAUCGAUGUUUUAGAUUAA